AUGUGGCUUCACGCAUGCAGCAUUGAUCCAUUGGAGGAUUUUCCUGAGACGCUACUAGAUUUUGAAGGCGAAGAUUUUUUUCAAAACGGUGAACCGCGAAUCAUUGGCAUAAUGACUACUUUGCUUGAGGGCGAAACCACUUGUCGUAUCAAAUUGUUGAGGCCAGAACUACCACUCGAUCUACAACCUGAGGAUAAUAGUGGAUUGAAAUGUGCUGUCAAUGUUAAAGAAACUAUUGAAAUCAAUGGCGAAAGGCGUUUAGUACAGAAGCGAAAAACUGCUCAUCCGGACUGGGAUAAAUGUUGGGAUAUAGAUGUCGUACCUGGUCGAGUAUUACAAAUAAUUCUAAUGAACGGUUCAAAUCCUAUCGCAGAUGCGACAAUGCGACAACAGGUUAUUUUUUCAUUAUCAGUUGUCUUUUCAUGA